UAGUCACAAGGGCAUGAUUUCACAUGGGAUGAUCCAGUCAACCAAAUGCUUCGAGCUCGGUAGUCCCAGGGGUGCACCUUCGAGAUUACUUGUCGCGUUUCACCUCUGUUGUCGAUGUCCCUGCUAGACUCAUUGCCUCGUCUAGAUCGCGGAUUUGAGACUCACCCUUGCGCGGACGGAUAGUGCGAAGAGCCAGCUUCAGGAAACUCGUCUCGGCCUCGAGCCUGACACUAUUCGAAUUGCAGACGUAAUUCCACAGAUCAAGAAUCGAAUCUCCGCUGAAUCUGAGCCUAGUUUUGAGGCUCCUCAAACUAGACUCCUAUCACGCUGACCUACUGCAGGUGGCCGGCCGGAAGGCCGUCGGAGUCCGCAGCGAUGUGUACCGUCGAUAAGAUGCUGAUCAAGGGCAUCCGGAGCUUCAGCCCGGAGAACACAUCAGUGAUCACGUUCUUCAAGCCGCUCACGCUCAUCGUCGGGCCCAAUGGAGCCGGGAAAACGACCAUCAUCGAGUGCCUCAAGUGCGCAACCACGGGCGAGCUGCCUCCCAACGCUCGCUCCGGCCACUCUUUCAUCCACGACCCCAAGGUGGCGCACAUGACGGAGACCAAGGGGCAGAUCAAGCUGCGGUUCCGCACGGCAGCAGGCAAGGACGUGGUGAGCACACGCAACUUCACGCUCACGCAGAAGGCGAGCAAGAUGGAGUUCAAGGCCAUCGAGAGCGUGCUGCAGACCAUCAACAGCAUCACUGGGGAGCGCGUGUCCCUGAGCUAUCGCUGUGCGGACAUGGACCGCGAGAUCCCGCUGCUGAUGGGCGUGCCCAAGGCGGUGCUGGAGAACGUCAUCUUCGUCCACCAGGACGACGCCAACUGGCCGCUCGCCGAGGGCGCCGUGCUCAAGAAGAAGUUCGACGACAUUUUUUCGGCCACCAAGUACACUAAGGCGCUGGAGGCAUUGAAGAAGGUGCACAAGGAGCAGGCGCAGCUUAUAAAGGAAAUGAAACUGAAGGCUGAGAACCUCAAGAACAUACGCGACACAGCCUUGCGGCUAGAGGAGAGCAUCAAGGCAGAUUCGGGCCAGUCAGAGCGCCUGGCAGCGCAGAUCGAGAGGCUGGAGGGGCAGAUAGCAGAGCGGAGGGAGCGGCAGGGGGAGGUGGAGACUGCCCUGGCGCGGCUGAGGCAAAUGAUGGCAGACGUGCAGACGCAGGAGGGAAGGCUGGAGCUGCUUUCAAGGCAGAAGGUCCAGCAGCGUGCCAAUAUCGUGUCUGAUAACCAAGACUCGGACGAGCAGCUGCAGGCGUGGCACAAGGAGUUCGAGGGCGUGGUGGCGAAGGUGGACGCGAGUCUGGCGCAGACCACGCGGGCGCUGAGUGAGCUGAGGAUCCAGAACGAGGCGGAGAGGGACAGGAGCGAGAGGGACAAGCAGCUCAUCAGCAGACUGCAAGUGGAGAAGGAGGUGUACGAGCGUGACUGCGGCGAGCGGGACAAGUGCCUCCAGGAGCUGUUCAUAAAGUACGAGCUGGGGGAGGUGGGGCCUCUGCCCCUGGCGAGCGACGAGGCGGUGGAGGCGGGCAUGCGCGCGGGGGCCCGGCUCUCGGAGCUGCAGGGGCGCUGGGAGGACAUAAAGCGGGCGCAGCAGGGGGAGGAGCGGCGCAGAGGGGCGGAGAUAGAGGCAGCUGGGGGGGAGAUAGUGAAGGCGGAGGGGCAGCUGCACAUUGCCCAGGAGAGGAAGAGGAGCAGUGAGGCGAGGAGGCAGCAGCUGAAGGGCGCCAUGGACAGUAGCGCCGUGGACGAGGAUGGCAUGGCGCGGCUGGAGAGGGAGGAGAAGAAGGCGAAAGCAGAGGCGGACCGGCUAGCAGCGAAACUGCGCGACCCGAAUCUGCUGUCCAAGCUGGAGGACGCCAAGACAGACUUGAGCCGGCAGGAGCAGCGGCAGCGGGGCCUGCAGCGGGAGAAGGACAGCCUGGCAGCGGAGAGCAGCGAGAGGGUCACUCUCAGGCUCAAGCAAGAGGCGUUGAGGGAGAAGGAGGCUCAGCUCAAGAAGCUACUGGCGGAGAGCAAGGGGCGGGUGGAGGGGGUGGUGGGCUGCGAGAUGCCUUCAGACGCACGCAAGCUGCUGCAGGAGGUGGAGAAGGCAGCCAGGUCGCAGCGUGCAGAGUACGAGGAGGCGGAUAGGGAGGCCAAGGAGGCGGGCAACGAGGCAGCAGUGCAGCAGCAGCGGCUGGACCAUGCGAGGAAGGAGCUCGCCCAGCGCAGCAACGAGAUGGAUGCCAAGCGUGUCACGAUCCAGGCGCGGCUGAGCAGUGCAGUGGACCCAUCUCUUGCGGUGGAUGAGCUGGACAGGGUGCGUGGGGAGAAGCGAGCAGCCCUGGAGGAUGCCAUAGGAAAAUACGAGAGUUUCCUGAUGCUGGAGCAGUUUUGGGGGCGGUUCAUCCAGGAGGCGCAGAGCAAGCACCGCUGCCACACGUGCGAGCGGAAAUUCUCCAAGGCAGAAGAGGCCGCCUUCAUUCAGAAAACGAGGGCCAAGAAGGCGGAUUCGGUUGGAAUGGAGGCACGGGUGAGGGGGGAUAAGGAGCGCCUGGUGCAGCAGCUGGGAAUUCUGGAUGACCUGCAUCCUGUUUAUAACGAGUACAGGAAGCUGGUGGACGAGGUGGUGCCAAAUGCCAGGACGGCAUUGGGCCAUGUGGAGGAGGCCCAGAUCAAGGCGCAGGAGCGAUAUGAAAGUUUGCUGUGUCUCCUGGCGGAGAGGAAGGCGAGGCUGGAUGCGUUGCCACGGGUGGAGGCUGUAGCCAAGGAGGCUGAGCGCCUGAAGAAGGAGGCAGACGCCUUGAGCGAGGAGGUGGCGAGUCUGGAGUACAGACUGGACAUGCUCUCCCAGGGCAUGCGGUCCCUGGCGGACGUGAAUGCAGACCUCGCUGCUGCAGAGGAGAAGAGAGACGCAGCAGCACGGGACGUGGAGAGGCUAAGGGAGGAGCACGGGGCGCUGAAGGACGAGGCAGCAGCGGCCAGCAACAGGUGGCGGGGUGCGCGGGAGGAGCGGGCGCAGAUGGCUCUGAAGGUGGCGCGCAGGAGGGAGAUGGAGGAGGAGGUGGGGCAGCUGGACGUGGCGGUUGAAGAAAGCAAGCUGGAGAUGCAGGCACUGGAGCGCAGCAUAGGGCCACUGAGGAAGAAGCAUGGGGAGGCGGUGGAGGGGAGGAAGGUGUGGAGGGAGAGGGCGAGUGCAGAGGAGGCGGAGAUGCAGGGGCGGGUGAGGGGGAUGCAGAGGGACCUGGACGGGAUGCGAGGGACAUUCUCCAAGGUCAACCAGUACCUGGACUCCAACAAAGAUGAGCAGCUAGUGGAAGCCACAGAACGGCUGCAGCAGUCCCAAGCGCGACAGUCCUCCAACGAGCAGCAGAUCCAGCAGCUGGGCGCCAAGGAGGCGGAGGAGCGCGAGAUGCUGCGCAACCAGUCUGCAGUCAAGAGAAACGUGGAGGCGAUACUGGUGUUCCGGGCGACUGAGAGGGAGGAGGCGGGGGUGCGGGGGGAGGUGGAGAGGCUGCGGGGGGAGAUGGGGCGCGUGGGGCGGGUGGGGGAGUUGGAGGAGGAAGUGAGGGGGGUGAGGGAGGAGAUUGAUGGGCUCGCUGCUGAGCAAAACCACAGCCGGGGCAAGGUGGCAGCGCAUGAGGCGAGCAUUCGGCGCUCCCAAGCAGAGCUGAAGGCGCCGCAGUUCCGAGACAUUGAGAACCGACACAGGAAGCAGCUCAUCCAACUCAAGACAUCUGAGCUGGCAAACCGAGACAUUGAUAAGUACUACAAUGCACUGGACAAGGCUUUAAUGCGCUUCCAUGCGAUGAAGAUGGAGGAGAUCAACAAGAUCAUCAAGGAGCUGUGGCAGCAGACGUACCGCGGGCAGGACAUCGACUACAUUGAGAUCCGCUCCGAUGCCGAGGGAGCAGGCACGCGCUCUUACUGCUACAGGGACAUCGACUACAUUGAGAUCCGCUCCGAUGCCGAGGGAGCAGGCACGCGCUCUUACUGCUACAGGGACAUCGACUACAUUGAGAUCCGCUCCGAUGCCGAGGGAGCAGGCACGCGCUCUUACUGCUACAGGGUAGUGAUGCGCAGUGGUGAUGCUGAGCUGGACAUGCGUGGGCGAUGCAGUGCCGGCCAAAAGGUGCUGGCAUCGCUCAUCAUCCGCCUUGCAUUGGCUGAGACUUUCUGCCUCAACUGUGGGAUUCUCGCUCUAGAUGAGCCGACCACCAACCUUGACGCACCCAAUGCUGAGAGCCUUGCACGGGCCUUGAACAGACUUAUGGAAGAGAGGAGAAGCCAAGAGAAUUUCCAGCUGAUUGUCAUCACCCACGAUGAGAUAUUUGCAGAAAUGAUUGGGCGAAAGGAGCACGCAGACCACUACUAUCGCAUUUCAAAAGAUGAGAGGCAGCGGAGCACAAUAGCAGUUCAAGAUAUCUACGAUUGACGUGGAAUGGGACCUUUUUUACAUUGAACGGAUGCGGCAAUUUUUGUGAAAUUCGGGGAAUGAUGUUGAGGUAUUUCUUGUAUAUAUAUGAAGUGUUCGUUGUUCAUGGUUUUGAUCCGUGGA